UUUGGAAAGUCUGUUCCUCCUGUCACGAUAAUGAUACUAACAACAAAUGGAUUCAACAACAAAGUUCCAAUACCAUAGUCAUGCACACAGUCACAGAGACAGAUCAAACACACAUAAGCCCAAAAAGAAAAACACACACCUGCAUUCUCUGUAUGGAGCUAGCAAGACUCGAGACUGGUCUCUCAGCAGUCUCUUUGCUGAAGAUAAAAUAGGUUUACACAUAUCCCCCAGCACGCUGCUGUGUUUAUUACUGUAACUGGGAAUUUUUCCCAUCAGCCUACAGCUGACCUGGCCAUACUUCCUGUUCCUCUGUCCCUGCUUCCUGUUCAGUGGCCUGAUGGGUAACCUCUAGAUAACACCACCUUCUUCCCCCUGGCUCAGCCAGCUGCUUCCACUGCAUGGAGGUCUGUAUUGCUCGAUGUCCACCAGAUGCAUAUGCGUUUUGUUUUGCUGGAUGUCUAGUCCACAUUGUCCGUGCUUGACGCACAUGUGCUUCGCUUUUCAACUACAGUAGCUAAAAGCUAAGCUUGUUAGAGUCUGUGACUGUGCUUCUGUUUGUACCACCACACGGUAAAGCAACCCACGAGUGGAAAAUAUUGAAUGCAUGUGGUACAAAGAAUGCACCGCAGCCUAUUGUGGCACCCCCAACGUAGCGUUGAAGCGACUGCUUCAUUGACAAUGAAUGACUUCCGCAGGAAAGUAAAGAGUUUGAUGCAUGUGGACAUGAGGCGUAAUCAAGAGUUUAGAUCCAGCUGCCAUAAGCUGCCCUUUGUUGGAAAGUGAUGGAUCCUUAGCCCAUGAAAACACACUCUUCCUGUCUGUGCUCUGCUCUAUCCAAAAUGUGGAGAGUGCCCUUUGCAUUUGUUGUUCAUGAAUAGAGGAAAGUUAGAUUGCCCGCUCACUCACUCACUCACUCACUCACUCACUCACUCACUCACUCACUCACUCACUCACUCACUCACUCACUCACUCACUCACUCACUCACGUGUAUGUCUACAGUGUUUGUUAACGACCAUCUGUUUCUUCCUGUCCUGCUGCUAUGUUUUCCUCCAUCCUCUCCUUCCUCUAUUCUCUCUCCCCUCUAUUUAUGCAUGGCCCUAACACAGCCUGCUAACUGUGCACUGCUUCUCUGUUUGCCCUUGGCUUUAAGUGUUUAUACUUUCUAAGAAAAUAACACAAUAGUAAGAUACUGUAUUCGCCCUUGUAGUCUUGGCAGGGUCAAUAGGAUUGUCUUCCAAUUCUGACUGAAUGAUUUAAAAAAAAUCUGUGUUAGACUCUAAUGACCCUGACUUAUCUAUGUUAUUAUCACCUAUUUCUAAGAAGUGUAUGUCUUUUUUUCAAUUGGAGGUCAAUCCCAUUUGAAGGUCUAAUCUUGGCAGAGCAUUUUUUAUACAUAUAGAUUAGUUUCCCGACAUCCUCACUUUAAAAUAAGGCAACAGUAAACAUGUCGCCCCCAUACGAAGUAUGCAAUGCCCCCCUUGGGCCAAACCGUGUACUGUUGUAAAUGAGGUUUCUCUAUGGCAAGAUGCGUCAUUCACCCAUGUUUUGUCAAAAUCAGGCCAGUGGUGUCUGAGAGAGCAUGUAUGUUAGCUAGACUCGUAUCCCUGAGCAUGUAUGCCAAAUUUCAGCACUCUGAAUCAAACAGAUUAAGACAUAUUGAGUCUUAACAGUGUUUGCAACAUGUGUACCAAAUUGUGUUACAAUACGAAUAUCCUUUACAGAUUUAUAUACAUUUAUGAGCCAGACCACGCCCACGUGAGUGUUUAUUGGCCAUGUUAUUUUAGGUGCUAGUCUGGAAAAUAUUGUGUUGAGAGACUUUUGUGCAGAUCAGUCAUUUGGUGCCAGAAGAGUAGCGUUUUAACAAAAUUCAUAAAAAUCCAUCAUGGCAGACCUUAUUGGUCCCUGAGGCAAAUUUGUUCCUUGUGAGGAGAGGGAGCUAUGUACCGAAUUUCAAAACGGUGCAUUUGACCUAAAGUCUUUAGAUUCGGUACAUUUAGUGGGCUAAUGUAAUUUCAGAUUUGUGUGUGUAGGAUAAUGAGCUGCCAGUGUCGCAGACUCACUGUUUACGAAGCUGACCAAACCAGAGAGUAACCUCUCUGGGCUAGGGUGUAAUUAAAACAAGAUUUUCUAUUGGACAAAUUCAGUCAAGUCCCUCCCCGUUUCGUUUCUUUUACUUCCGUUUAAGAAAUAUUUCGCAACAGAAUCGUCUGAAUGAAUACACACAUGCCUUGGUAUGCGAGACCACAGCGACUACCCUUUUUGGCCACUAAUGCGUUCCGUUGGAAACCAGAACGUUGUUAUCAACAUAAAUUGUGAACUUCGAUGUAAAGUAAUGUUUCAAAAAAGUUAGUUUCCCGUCGUGUUGUCCCUGUUUAAAUCAAAUGUUUAGGAAGCUGUGUUUUGCACAAUACAUUGUCUAAUGCAGCAGACUGAAAUGGAGUCCAAAAUUAUGGUUGAAAUUCCACGCAAAAAAAUAUCACUCACCAUGGUGCAAUAGUUUUGGUAUUUUUACACUCUAUCAAUGAGUCUCUACAUAUGUUUAUAUGUUUUAAUUAAAUGUUUGGGACCAUAACCUAUAAAAAAACAGAUCCGGACUUACCCUAGUAACCUUCGUUAAUGAUUUCUCUCUCUCCUGCAGGUGUUGUUCAUGGUCGAGUCAGACCCAGUAGAGUGGCACUAUGUGGGUGUGGGCAUGGGGACAGCCAGAGUGAGCGCUGCUCUGGUCACCAGGGAGGGACAGAUGAAGACUACUGCAGAGGAGCCUGUCACCAUCUGGGAGCCUCACUCAGACAAUUAUGUCCAGUCAUCCACUGACAUCUGGUCUAAGGGCUGUAGCACAGUUAGGGGUGUUUCAGAUCAGUCAGGUGCCCCUGAUUGUCCCGGGGGUGUGGAGACCCUACCUGUCCGCCAUGGUGCCUGACCUGUGGCUCAACGAGGGAGGACAGAGUCCUACUGGAAGACUAGUCAUUUCAGCUCUGCGCCGCCUGGGUCCUGCUAGAUCAGGCUUAUUCAACUACAGGCCCUUGGCCCUGCAGAGCUGCUGUUUUGCUGGGGUUUUCUCUUCUCCAUACCUGAUUGACCAUGUGGUGAAAGGUCAUGCAGCCUACCCCAAGCUGCAGAAGCAGGCUGUGAAAAGAUCAGCUUAUUUACAGCAAAAUCAUAUCCACCAAAACAACAACAUACCUUUCACCUGGAACAGGCCCCCAUUAACAUUGACGGGGCUGUAGGGGAGUGGGUGGAGAGUUUCAAGUUCCUUGGUGUCCACAUCACCAACAAACUAUCAUGGUCCAAACACACCUUCAAGAGACUGAAAAUAUUUGGCAUGCGUCCCCAGAUCCUGCGUCCCCAGCUGCACCAUCGAGAACAUGACUGGUUGCAUCACCUCCUGGUAUGGAAACUGCUCGGCAUAUAACCGCAAGGCCUAACAGAGGGCAGUGCAUAUGGCCCAGUACCUCACAGGGGCCAAGCUUCCUGUCAUCCAGGACCUACAGUGCCUUGCAAAAGUAUUCACCCCCAUUGGC